AGCCACAUUAAAGCCACUCUAACCAGCUAGUUUACAUGCAAACCACUCCCAAAUCACCUGUGAACGUGUCUCCUUUACUUUAUUUUAAUCUCUCUUCAGUGUUUUCCCCUGUAUAUUGCUCAUUUGCCAACUCACUCCACAGAGUUUAGAUCUAUUACUGCACUUUGGAUCAAAACAGAUUAAAAUGGGCUGCUUCACAUUUGUCAAAGCUCUGAUGGUCAUGUUCAACUUGCUUAUCUGCCUGGCGGGCAUAUGUGUGGCUACCGUAGGGAUAUGGGCGACUGUGUAUGAAAACUCCUUUAUGAACAUUUUACCACCCUUUAAUGACAAGAUCUGGAGUCACGUCAAUGUGGGAAUCUUCUGCAUCUGUAUUGGCGCAGUCAUGACAUGGCUUGGUAUGAUUGGAUGUUGUGGAGCUCAAAAAGAGAGCAAAUGCCUUCUUAUAAUGUUCUUCUCCAUCGUCCUGAUCAUUUGCAUUGCUGAGGUGGCAGCUGCAGUAGUAACCCUGGUCUACUCCUCAUACGUGAGUCUUGAUCCAAACCACUGACCUCUCUGCCAAUCCUCCCCAUCCCCCAAUACUCUUUGUCUAUUUUUUCCUUUUUGCUGCAUGUAAAUUCCCAUCAUACUCUGGCCAUCAUUAAAUUAGGGGGUUUGAAAUGGCUCCAGCACAUUCAGCCACUUAAUAACUCCCAGAUUGCCUCAGGCGCUAUGCCAGCACUCUCACUUUGAGCAAUUUAUUGCACUACAAUAUUGACGUUUAGGCAUUUUAUAUGCAAAACAGGCGAUUUACAUACAGAGCUUCACCCAUUUAGUGAAAUGUAUAAUAAUUACAACAACUUUGAAUGAGUUAUGGAGGGUUUGUUAAGAGAAUAAUGCCAUUUAAUUAAAGAACACAAAGGCCUUUUAGGGCAAAUUAAAAAAAUUGAAUUCCAUUUAACAGACAGCAAUCUCAU